AUGCCCAUGAAACAACUCGAAGCACAACCUGAUUUACUAAAUCAAUUCAUGACUGAAACCAGGGCAUUUAUAAGGAUUUUGGAGACUCAGAUUGAUCAGUUGGAUACUUUGAUGAAAAACAGGGCUCAAGGAAAUUUUCCUAGCACUACUGAGGUAAACGCAAAAGAGCAAUGCAAUGCAAUAUCUUUGAGGAGUGGAACACAGUAUGAUGAGCCAAGAAAGAAUGAGUCAGAGGAGGUGAAUCAGGAACAAAAGAUAAAAGGCACAAGGCUUCAAAAGAAUAAGCUUGGCAAGCAGUUUUCCAAGUUUUUUGAUGUAUUUCAAAAGCUUCUCAUUGGCAUAUCUUUCGUUGAAGCACUUGAACAAACACCUAGUUAUGUGAAGUUUGUGAAAGAAAUUAUGUCAAAGAAAAGGAAACUGGGGGACCAUGAGAUAGUGGCACUUACUGAGGAGUGUAGUGCGAUACUUCAGAAGAAGCUACCUUCCAAGCUUAAAGAUCCUAGUAGUUUCAAUAUCCUAUGCUUUAUAGGGGGCUCAGUGCUGACAAAUGCUUUAUUUGAUUUAGGGUCCAGUGUGAAUCUAAUGCCUCUAUAA